UUAAGAGCCUCCACCAUGAAGCAAUUCUUUUUGUUUGGUCUUUUGUACCGUUUAAAACUAACUAACCUCAAGUCAUCUUCCCUUAAACCUGUUCUUAUCGAAACAUAUUCUCUCCUCUUCUCCGUCUCCGCCUCUAUUCCGAAGUGUAGAGAACCCUGCGAAUUUCCCAACCACCGCCUCCGCUCUCUCAAGCCGGCCUCCGCUCCUCCGAUCCGCGGGCUCCCGGUCUCCUCUGGUGGAUCCGCGAUGGAGGAGCAGCAGCAGCAGCAGCCGCUGCUCGAGGUAGAGCAAUGUGUAACAUCUAUACCAGAAGAUCAUGAGGCCACUUGUUGGGGAUGUGGACUCCGUCUCAUUUUUGCAAGUUAUGCUCCUGUUUUUAAGUGUGGCUGGUGUGGAGCAAUCACAUAAAGUAACCAAACUUCACGAAAACCUGACAGUGUAUGCUUUUCUCAUUGGAGGAAUUUCCGGGACAGGUUCUUUGUGACUGUGCUCAUCCUCUUCAUGCUCUUCGUCAUAUGUGGUGGGGUCUGGGCGGUAUAUCCAGUUGUUUUCUCGAUCAGCACAUUUUGUGGCAUCUUUCACUGCAUAUUAACAGGUGUACUAGCUGUAUUUACCAUCACAAGUUAUUGCUUGGCCUCUUUUAAAUCUGCUGGUGCACCGGCAGACAUGCGGUGGGGCAGCUAUCCCAUGGUUGGGAAAAAUGACCUGGAAAACUAUACCUUCUGUACAUACUGUAGUAAACCAAAGCCCCCAAGGGCACAUCACUGCCGAUCUUGCAAAAUGUGUGUGUUAGACAUGGAUCAUCAUUGCCCAUUUAUUGGGAACUGUGUGGGAGCUUCAAAUCACCGUGCUUUUGUAUUUUUUCUUAUUUCUGUGGUCAUCAGUUGUAGUUAUGCUGCUGGUAUGACCAUUUAUUCAAGUUAUCAUAUAUGGCCCCCACUAGAUUUUGAAAAUCUAGCAUCAACUCACCGUUCAAUGGGUUAUAUAAAGAUGCUAAUUGAGAUUAUUGGUACCUUGGCAAGCUCUGCAUUCUUCUUGUCAGCAAGGGGUCUUGUUACAGUAUAUAUUGCAUUUGCUAGUCUAUCAGUUAACGCCGGUAUAGGUGUGCUGUUGUUCCAGCAACUUAGUUAUAUAUAUGAAGGAAAUACAUACCUUAACCGUUUAAGUUCGCUGAAUGUCAUGCACGGCGAGAGAGGCCUGCAAAACCUUAUUCGAUUUUUUGGGUGCCCCUACUCAGUUUCUAGAGUAUUAUCGGGCUACUCAAACACUGGCAAGUUACAGGACAAUUCGAGUUCAAAACUUCUUUAGAGUGGUAGAAUGUGUAUAUUAUCAUUUGAAGAAACAUUUAUGGACCUUCUUGCAGACAUAAUGGUUCUGCUGCUGACACUAAAACAGUGGAUUGACAGUCAAUAGCCAGUUAGUUUGCAUAACUGAAGCUAGUUGUGAACAUAACAUUACACAAAAUAGUCCACGCAAUCUGGUAGAGGACUUCAUUUUGAAGGGAAGUUAUACUGUCGGCAUUAGUCUUGAGCUGGAACUGUUCUCACAUUGAUUUACUGGAUGCAAUUUCAGCAGAUGCUGAAAUACAAUGUGGUCCAAUAUAUUCAUUGCCUACAGAGUACGGAUGAUCUUGAGGUGCUGAUGGUUGAGGCCAUAAAUUGCUCUAUCCGUAAUUGUGAGCAUCAUCAGUACUUGUUCUGUGUGAAAGAUCCCAGUCUAAUGCUUCGGUGUUGCAGGAGAAAUCAACGUGAAGAUUAAAUCUGGCAGUGAUUUCGGUGUUGUAAAAUGCUUGGACCACACCUGUUUGUUGUCGAUACAUUAACACGGUAUAUAGGAAAAGGAACCCCACGGCUGCUUUUGUACUAUUUACACACUAAACUAGCCUUAAAUUGGUCGGUAAUCUUAUAAACGUGUCAUAUACUGUUCCAUGUGUUCUUGCCAUUUUUGUCCAGAUUUUAUGUAAUUCAUUCAACUGAGCUUUUUGGCCUGACAAUUGUAACGGGACACAGCUCACGUAAUUAAUAUUGCUGCUGCCCUUGUAACCAUUUGACCUCAUUUUUGUUCCUUACGGAGUAUGGCCUUUCAUGAAAUCAUCAAAGUUUGGAAUUAUGGGAGCUGCCUGCGUCAGUUUGUUGAAUGGUUCGUCUGAACAUAUAUGCAAAUGGACAUGGUUACUCUGGCCAUACAUGCAACUAACCAAGCUGCAUUGAUUUCAUCAUUUCAUAGCAACAGUACAUUAUAUUAAUAUUAUUAUAUACUGAUGAUUGCGUUGUCCGCCUUUGAAUGGAGGCUGGCUAGGCAGACUUGUCUUCAGUUUCAGCUUCAACAGUUUCUUUCUUCUCCUUUUCUUUUGUGAGGGAAGGAAUUUGGAGUAUGCAAGAUUGCCUUGGAAUCUGAAGAAAUUGCUUCAGCUUCCACUGCAUGUACGGAUGCCACUUGACAAGGAUCUACCGUGCAAUUUCACGUUGGAUCGGGGAGAGAUAUUGAUCAUAUUGUUAACUACAAAAUCACUCUAAAUUCAGAGAGAGAGAGAGAGAAUGCGGCUAAGUUAACUGCAGGUAUGUAUGUCUCUCAGAUCUUAAUUCCUUCACAUGCUUUCCUUCGAUCGCAAGCAAUUUUAUCAAUUAAUUGCCUGUCCUUGCAUUGCAUUUGCAUGCCCCGUUGUCCCAGCAGCAAGCAGGCUACCUCUCUCAUCUCAUCUUUCCCAUGAAUUAAUCAUCCAUCUCUCUUUCUUCCUUCCUUUCUUUUUUUUUCUUUCUCUGCAGCCACAUGUCAUGUACAGAUGUACUGCUAUGCCAUAUACAUAUGCUCUCUUCUGCAACAGCACAAUACGCAAGCUGCCCAUUGCUACGUGGCACUACGAUUCCGUACACACUUACGAGGUUAAACAAUGGCGCAUUAUUUGAUUACUUCUGAUGGAAUUUUGUGCUCUGAGCUGCACAUGCAGGGGCAAGCUAGCAUGAUUUGUGCAUACGAUGCAUUGUAUAUUCAUCACCGAAGAGUACACAGACCAAUCAGCAGCUGCAAAGUCAACAUGUAAAAUGGCAAAAGAAAAAGCCGGCCAUUGCUAUGUCCGGCCGGUGGGAGGAGAGACAGUGCAGUGCAAGGCUAAGGCCAAAGCCAAGGCAAGGCUGGCUGGCCGGUCGUCGAAUCAAUCGAUCGAUCGCCAUGUUGCCAUGUGCUUUUCCACCGUUGCUGUGCCGCGGCACUCACCGGCAGCCGCAAAUAUACUACAGAGACUCUGCUUGCUUAAUUGGAGUGGGUGCAAGCAAACGACAAGCUUAUUACGAGCUUUGCUCGCACAUAGAUUACUCCAUCCCGCUUACAGCAUGACGGGUUUCGGUGCCUUCCUCCAUCUUUAAAUAACUGAUAACUUUAGCUUUACUAUUUGAAUAUUGACUAGUAAUUACUCUGAAAUGGUUAGAGUAAUUGAAUAAAAGUUUCAUGUUUUAUGUUUAGAAUAUAAUACAAUUCAAUAACAUAUUAUUCCUUUUAGUCCUUGUAAAUAUUUAGUAAAACGACGAGUGGCUAAAUUCAAAAGGGAAUAGUGUCCACUAUCAGUCAUUUAAAAACAUAGGGAGUAUUUUGUCUUUUGUUUUACAUCAUUGGCAAGUAUGAGGAAGCUAUCACUGAAUUGAAUUGUCAACCAGUAGUAACAAUUCUCAACUUAUGAAGGGGAAAAGGAUGUUUGUUUUUU